AUGGCGUACGUAGCAACUCGCCAACGACCGUCGACAUCUGCCCCUUCGGAUGGCUCCCGCACCAUUACACUGCGCGACAGUCAGCCAGGAGAAGGCGAUGCUGCGCCAGACGCUAGUGGCGAGUCUGUUGGAAGACUACGCCUUCGUGGUGCCGUUCGGAAUCGCCCACGAGUUGUGUGGAGAGACGAUGUGAUCGACAAUGAAGGGGCCGGGAAGAAGUCGUCCAAAAUCUGUUGUAUAUACCAUAAACCCAAAAAGUUUGAUGAAUCAUCAGACGAAGAGUCGGACGACUCGGACUCGGACUCGGAUGCUUCGUGUAGCCGUGGUCAUCUCGGCCAUCGGCGCGCACAUCACCAUGCGUCUGACGGCGACAGCGACGGUCAGCCUUUGCGAAGCGGCGACGGUGGAGUGACUGUCGCUGAGCUGGAAGACAGCUCCGACGAUGCGAACAUGUACGAACGACAGUCAGGGGGGAAGAAGGGGAAAUUGCCCGCAAGGAACUGA